AUGCUUCCUAUGGUGAGACCUGCUGUCACUGGCGCCUUGGCGCGCCCCAAGUUGGCGCUCCGGCUGCGUCCCCAGCACGUCCUCUCCCUCUCUACCACUUCAGUCAAGUCGGCAACCGCAUUGGAGCGCCAAUCGUCACCGGAACGGCCGCUCACGGCGUCGGGGAAAGUGCGGUCUGAGGUUCCUCUGGCCAGUCAAGAGAAGAAGGAGGGUGCCAUGCAAUAUGUGCUUACAACUCUCGACCAAGUUGCCAAUUGGGCUCGCCAGAGCUCUCUAUGGCCCAUGACUUUCGGACUCGCCUGCUGUGCUGUUGAGAUGAUGCACCUUUCGACCCCUCGCUACGACCAGGAUCGCCUUGGUAUCAUUUUCCGUGCUUCUCCGCGUCAGUCUGAUGUUAUGAUUGUAGCUGGAACACUGACAAACAAAAUGGCGCCGGCUCUUCGUCAAGUCUAUGAUCAAAUGCCCGACCCUCGAUGGGUCGUGACAUGGGUAGUUGCGCCAAUGGAGGCGGCUAUUAUCACUACAGCUACUCGGUCGUUCGAGGCUGCGAUCGGAUCGUGCCCGUGGACAUAUAUGUCCCUGGAUGCCUUUGGCACCGCUGACCUCCGUUUAGGCCCACCCACCUCUGAGGCCUUGAUGUAUGGUAUCUUCCAGCUGCAGAAGAAGAUGAGGCAUACACGGAUCACAAGAAUGUGGUAUAGGCGUUGA